AUGGGUGCUUAUUAAUGCUCAAGAUACUGCGAUUGCUCCAAUAAUACAGACACAGAUAUCUCAAAAAAAGAGAAAUUGAAGCAAGAGGCUAGUCGAAUUGUUGAAAAUGAUCUGAUGAAAAGAUUUAAAAACAAUCAGCAAAGAUAUUAUCAGAUGAUACAACAACAGCAAUAAAAAUAAUACCCUUCAAUAGGAAAUGGAUACUACAAUAAAUUCCAGCUCUUUGAAAGGUUUUCAUCCACGCAUGUUUAAGAUGUUUAUGAAUUCGAAGAACUAAUUGGAAAGGGGCAUUUUGCUUAGGUCUACAAAGUGCAUUCUGUAGUUGAUCCUACCAGGAAAUAUGCUAUUAAGAGUAUUGAUAAAAACACAAUUUCUGAAAAGUCAUUGAGAAGAGUUAAUAUUGAAAUUGAAAAUCUAAAAUUGUUUGAUCAUCCAAACAUCAUUAAGUAUCACGGCACUUUUAUUGAUUAAAGAAACAUUCAUAUUGUAAUGGAGCUAUGUGAAGGGGGAGAAGUCUUUUAGAAAAUUACUAACUAGCCAAUGCCAGAAUUGGAAUCCUCUUAAGUAAUAACUUAGGUUCUUUAUACCUUGAAAUAUCUGCAUAGUCUUAAUAUAGCUCACAGGGAUCUCAAACCAGAAAAUAUAAUGUUUUCAGAGAUCAUUGAAUCUUAGUCUGGAGCGGAAUCUACUUUUAAUGAUCCUGAGAUUAAGAUUAUAGACUUUGGUCUUAGCAAAAAGAUUAGCAAGGGUCAGCUAAUUACUGAGGACACAAUUAUUUAAGAUCAACCUCGCUUUACAAUGCAUCAAGAAAUGUUUAACUCAAUAGUUGGGACUCCUUAUUAUGUUGCUCCUGAAGUUCUUUCACAGUAUUAUGAUGAAAGAUGUGAUAUUUGGAGUGUAGGAGUGAUAAUGUACAUCUUGCUGUGUGGCUAUCCCCCAUUUAAUGGGAAAACUUCAAGAGAUGUUAUUCAUGCCUUAAAACAAGGCUAUGUUAACUUCAAAGGUGAGGAAUGGUCUCAUGUUUCAGAUGAGGCUAAAGAUCUUAUUUAAAGAUUAAUAAAAAAGUAGGAAAGCAGAAUAUCAAUAGAGGAAGCCAUUCGACACAAAUGGUUUGAUGACAUGCGAAUGUAGAAAAAAACUUUAUCUUCUUCUAGUACUCAUCUAGAUAGUUCCAUUCAGAUUACUUAAAAUUUAGAUGAGUUUGAGUAGCAUAUCUUUGAAAGACUAAUGAGGCAUAAGAAACUCUGCAGAUUUCAAUAGAUAAUACUUAAGUUUCUUUUCGAUUUGAUUUAGUCUUCAGUCCUUAAGCCUUAUAUUAGGGUGUUUUAAGCUGCAGAUUAAAGUGGCAAUGGCUGUGUAACUUUUGCAGAUUUUUAUUCCUUUAUGAGAACUUUUGAUUUAAAGCUUACUCUAGAUUAGCUGUAGUCGAUUUUUACUUCAAUUAAUAUAAGUGGAUCUAUUUGUAUUACCUAUUCUGAAUUUAUGAUGGCUGCUAUUGAUUUUGAAAAAUUUGUGUAGCCUUAAGAUUUGGAUUAUGCCUUUAAGUAUUUUGAUACUACUAAUUAAGGUAUCAUAAGUCACAAAGAUAUUAUGUCAAUUAAAAGAAGAAAAGGAAUAGUUGUUUCAAAAUCAGAGUGCAAGCAGAUAAUAAGAGAUGCAGUCAAAAAUAAAAGCGAUCAGAUUAAAUUUGAUUAAUUCACUAAAAUUAUGUAUCAGGCUUUUGAUUGA